AUCUGUGGUGUAUUGUGAGUCGCGCCUCGCGCGUGGUGGUGUUGAUUGUUUACACUUUGUAUUUGCAAAAAUAAUUUAAAAAAAAAUAACAUGCCGCAAGGAAGGAGGAAGGUUCCUUUUAGCGCGAAAGCCAAGAAAAUGCAGCUGCAGAACAAGAGGAAGAUGAAAGGAGGUGCUCCAAAUUUUGUUGUCCGAGGUGACUCUGAGGGUGAAACGUCUGGUAUAAAUACAGUAAACAAGCAGCCAUCAAGCCAGAAAGGCCGAGGAAAUGCAAAUAGGUAUGCACUGCAAUUCCAUCGUGAAACUGAAGCUGAAAUUCAUGAGAGGAAGGAAGCUGCACGUCAUGCUCUAUUAUCUCUUCCUGAAACUUCAUUGGAAAUAGAUGGUAACACUUACUUUCCACCAGAUUUAGAUUUUCCUAAGAGACCACCAUGGAGCUUUGAUAUGUCCCGUGAAGAACUGGAAGCACGAGAACACAGAUAUUUCAAUGAAUAUCUCUCAGAUCUUGAGAAGAAAUAUGACAGGAAGGAGCUGAGCUAUUUUGAACUGAAUUUGGAAACUUGGAGACAGCUGUGGAGGGUUCUUGAAAUGUCUGAUAUUAUCCUGAUAAUUGUGGAUAUCCGAUAUGCUGCAUUAAUGUUCCCACCAUCACUGUACCAUCAUGUUCAGAAACUUGACAAAAGUAUGAUACUAGUACUGAACAAAAUUGAUCUGUGUCCUGCUCCUGUUGUAGCAGCAUGGAUGCAUUAUUUCAAAGAAAGGUAUCCUUCUUUGCACAUUUUGAUAUUUACAUCUUUUCCAAGUUACAAUAUUCGUGGAAAUCAAGAAAAUAGAACAGGAUUACAGACACGCCGUAGACGUGGCAAACUACGUAUGGCAGCAGAAGGUGCACAGAAACUCCUUGAGGCGUGCAAAGACAUUGUUAAAGAUGAAGUUGACCUUAGUUCCUGGCAAAGUAAAAUCUCCGAGGAGAUGGAAACAGAGUACGAAUGUGAUGAUUUAGAAAUAGAAGAAACUGUGGAAAUGAAAAAGGUAGACACGAGCUAUAUUGAACAUGUGAGGUAUCGAGAGGGAGCUCUUACUAUUGGCUGUUUAGGGCAACCAAAUGUGGGAAAAUCAUCAUUAAUGAAUGCCAUAAUGGGAAAAAAGGUGGUGAGUGUUUCUAGGACCCCAGGUCACACGAAACACUUCCAAACUAUUUACCUCACAUCAAAUGUCAGACUUUGUGAUUGUCCAGGUCUGGUUUUUCCAUCAAAAGUGCCAAAGACAUUGCAAGUGCUAAUGGGGAGUUACCCAAUUGCUCAGCUCCGAGAACCAUAUUCAGCAAUUCAGUUUCUUGGGGAGAGAAUGGAUUUACCACAUUUACUACAAAUUAAGCAUCCUGAGGGAGAUGAGGAGUGGUCUGCAUUGGACAUCUGUGAUGGGUGGGCUCAGAAACGUGGUUUUUUCACAGCAAGGACAUCACGCCUCGAUUCAUAUCGAGCAGCAAAUCAUCUGUUACGUAUGGCACUUGAUGGAAAAAUAUGUCUUUGCAUGCGGCCAGCAGGCUACAGCAACAAUAAAGAGCUAUGGGAAAACCAUGAGUAUGUUGAAACUGUGCACUGGGUUCAGGCAAAAGGACAAGAGAAGAACACAGAGCUGAAGGAUGGAACUGAGUCAUCUGAUGAAGAAAGUGAUACAUCUGAGAAGCAGAUUAGUCAUGAAAAUACAGGAGAAAAAAGUGAGGGUGAUUCAGAGGAGGAAGAUGAUGAUGAAGAAGAAGAGUCUGUUGGUGCAGUUGGAUAUAGCAACAAAUUUAUGGGCCUCGACACAAGUGAUUAAUAAAACUUUGAAUACUGUACUUAUUGUUAUAAGUGAGAGCUGUGAAGUUCAUGAUAAUAUAAAUUUAAGAUUAUGAGUAUCCAUAUGUUAAAAAUGUACAAUUAAAUAUUGAUUGU